AUGGGGAACACCAAGAGCAGCGCUCUGUCCAAGGAGCUCCUGGAGGACCUCAAAUCCAACACCAAGUACUCGGAGGCGGAGCUGUGCAGCUGGUACCAGUCCUUCCUGAAGGAGUGCCCCGGCGGCAAGAUCAGCAAGGCGCAGUUCGAGGGCAUCUACGCCAGCUUCUUCCACGCCGACCCCACGGCGUACGCCCGCCACGUGUUCCGCAGCUUCGACACCAACGCCGACGGCACGCUGGACUUCAAGGAGUACAUCGUGGCGCUGCACCUGACGUCCGGCGGGAAGACCCUGCAGAAGCUGGAGUGGGCCUUCGCCCUGUACGACGUGGACGGCAACGGAACCAUCAGCAAGAGCGAGAUCCUGGAGAUCGUCCGGUCGAUUUUCAACAUGAUUCCCGCCGACGACCAGAAAAACCUCCCGGAGGACGAGAACACGCCGGAGAAGAGGGCCGAGAAGAUCUGGGAGUUUUUCGGGAAGAAGGAGAACGAUAAGAUCUCGGAGGGCGAGUUCAUCCAGGGCGUCAUGGACAACAAGGACAUCCUGCGGCUGAUCCAGUACGACGAGCCGCAGAAGAUCAGGACAAGCUGAGGGAGAAGCAG